AUGCUCUAUUUCUCUCAAAUCAUCCUGAUAUUUCUUUUAUUCAGUGUUAGCCACUCUUAUGUGAUCCGUAAUACAACUGCAACAAUUGUGUGUCCCAACGAACGUCUUCGUGCCUUGGUUCUUGAUUCCACAAACAAAGUUCUCAAUGAAGACGAUCACUCUAUCAAUGUCGAAUCAGCUUUGGUUGAAAUAAAGGAGUCACUCCAUGCUUUUGCACCAAAUGUUCAUUGGUUCACAUCCAUCGCCAGGUUUACUCGCUUCAAUGGCGAAAAUUCAAAAGACGUGGCCGACUUGGAUUCUUUUUGCGCAAUUUACUACUCAACCUACCAUAUUACGGUUCUUCGGGUCGCG